GGCAGAGAAUCUCUAAACAGGUUCCAAAAGCUGAAGUUCCUAGAGAUGCAGGUAAUGGAGCAAGAAGAAGCCAUCUCACAGCCAGUGACAGGGGUUUCUAUACUGACCCAAGAUGUUUAAACAGGAACUGCCAAAAAGCACAUCUGAUGGCCCAGGGCAGAUGAUAGUUACAGAAGUAUCCAGCAGCAAAUCUAAUGGUGCAGGGCAUAGCGAACUUAGGCCUCUACCAAAUGACAUAGGUAUCUGCUCAUUAGCAAAGGACACAGAAACCAUAAUUGAUCAGAAUGGUGCCAGAGGCUUUUCCAAAGGGACACCCAAUGGCUCUGCCCAGAGAAUCCUCAGAGAGGCUGGUACACCUAAUGGUGCAGCCCAGAGACUUGUCAGAGAGACAGUUAUAUAUAAUGGGGCAACCCAGAGAAUCCUCAGAGAGAUGGGUCCUUCUAAUGGCCUGGUCCAGGGACUUAUCAGAGAAAAGGGCACAACCAAUGGCACAGUCCAAGAAGUCCUGAGCGAUAAGGGCACAUAUAAAGUACCAGCUCAUGUACUUAUUGGUAAUACACCUGAGAACCUAGUAAAUGGCCCAUCCAGAGUUCGGCCUCACAAUUCCAGCCAUAGAGCCACUCCCAGAAGACUUGGAAUCAACCAUCAAGUUUCUCUGGCCAACAGAACAAACCUUGGAUACUGGGCACUAGUUCUGCCCGCUGUCCUGGCCACCCUUUGUUUCUCGAGGUCAGUUUUGGGAGAAUUUGUCCAUGACGACGUUUGGGCGAUUCUCAACAAUCCGGAUAGCCUUGGGGAGACACCGCUGAAUACCAUCUUCAGGAAUGACUUUUGGGGCAAAGCCAUGAACGACAACACAAGCCACAAGUCCUACCGUCCCCUGUGUGUGCUCAGCUUCAGAAUCAACGCCUUUUUCGGAGGCCUGGACGCAUUUUACUUUCACGCCGUCAAUAUCGUCUUACACGCUGCUGUCAGCUCGCUGCUCAUGUACACCUGCAGCACAGCUGUGUUUGAAGAUAAAAGACUGGCGUUGGCCGCCUCGUUGCUCUUCUCGGCUCAUCCCGUCCACACGGAAGCUGUAGCUGGGAUUGUGGGCAGAGCUGAUGUUCUCUCCUGUUUGCUCUUCCUUUUAACUUUCCUCUCCUACAUUAGGAGUGUGGAUGUUGGGCCGUCUCUCCACCGAUUUCCCCCAACGUCGUCUCCUCUGUUCUUGCUGCUGAGCCUGAUUCUCGGCACCUGUGCUGUUUUGGUGAAAGAGACGGGGACCACGGUUUUUGGGGUGUGUCUGGCCUACGACUUCCUGUAUCUGUGCCCAACCAGAUGCAAAAGAUGCCCUUCACCAGACCACCCCGCAAGCCUCUGGUAUGUGGCCGGUCCCUUCCUGAAGAGAGCAGCUCUGGUUUCCUUCUAUGUCGCCCUGGUUUUAUAUUUCCGCCUGCGAAUCAUGGGAGGCUCCAUGCCAUUGUUCUCGGAACAAGACAAUCCGGCUUCCUUCUCACCUUACCCCCUCACCAGGUUCCUGACCUACUCGUACCUCUUGGCUUUCAACUCUUGGCUUCUCCUGGCCCCCAUCACCCUGUGCUAUGAUUGGCAGGUCGGAAGUAUCCCACUAAUUCACUCUAUAUGGGAUGUAAGAAACGUAUUGACUUUGCUCUUGGUGGUCAUCCUAGGGUCGCUGGCCUUACACUGCUUGGCAUCUUUGAAGAGGGCGCCACGCAGAGAGGUCCUGGUGGGACUGCUGUUCCUGAUCUUCCCAUUCAUACCUGCUUCUAACCUGUUCUUCAGGGUGGGCUUUGUGGUUGCUGAAAGAGUUCUCUACAUGCCCAGCAUGGGAUUCUGCAUCUUGUGUGUACAUGGCCUGAAGGUUCUACAGUCUCAUGUGGGUCAACGCCGGUCUCUUACACUGACACUCUGCUUCUUGGUUCUUCUUCUCCUCUUCUCCUGUAAAUCUGUAUCCCAAAGUGAAUGCUGGAGAUCACGAGAAGCCCUCUUCAGAUCUGGUGUCCAGACCCUGCCACACAAUGCCAAAGUGCAUUAUAACUAUGCCAACUUCUUAAAGGACCAAAGCCGCAAAGAUGAAGCCAUUACACACUACAAGACUGUACUGAGACUGUACCCAAAACACCCCAGUGCUCUCAACAACCUCGGCACCUUGACUGCUAAUAUGACUGAGGCUGAGGAAUGCUACCGUAAGGCCCUAAUGAUCAGCCCACAGCACAGCAGGGCCCUCUUCAACUUGGGCAACCUUCUGAGGACUCAAGGUCAGAAUGAUGAAGCGGAACUGCUACUUAGGGAGUCCUUGCUUUAUGGCCCACACUUUGGAGAUGCUUAUUCCAGCCUUGGGUCUCUGCUGGCUGAUCAGAAGCGGUUUGAGGAAGCUGAAGACGUGUAUCAGGCUGGAAUCAAAAGCUGUCCAGAGAACUCGGAUUUGCAGAACAACUAUGGGGUAUUCUUGGUGGAUACGGAAAAGCCACAGAAAGCUGUGUCUCAUUACUUCCACGCCCUGCAGCUUCGUCCUGACCACCAUGUGGCCAUGCUUAACUUAGGACGUCUCUACCGUUCACUUGGAGAGAACAAGGAGGCUGAGAUGUGGUACAGAAAGGCUCUUCAGAUCUCUUGUGAGGCUGAUGUUAUCUCACCCCUUGGAGCUCUACUUUAUAACACAGGGCAGUACAAGGAGGCUAGUCGCCUCUAUCAGGAGGCUGCGAGUCUUCACCCUAGGAAUAUGCAGAUACGGCUAUCACUGGCUCAGGUGAUGGUUGUUUUGGGUCAAAGUCAUGAGGCUGAAGCUCUGGCCCAAGGGAUUGCAGCUGAGGUUCCAGACUGUAUUGAAUGUUUCCGACUUUUGUCAGCCAUUUACAGUAAGAGAGAAAACUAUGUGAAGGCCCUAGAAUUGAUUGAUGUUGCUCUGCAGAUGAAAUCAAACGAUGCAAAACUGUUAUCUGAACUACAUUUUACAAGGGGCAACCAACUGAGGGAACUCGACCAACUGGAGGAAGCCUUCCAGAGUUAUAAGCAAGUGGCCGAACUAAAUCCUAACCAAGGUCAGGCCUGGAUGAAUAUGGGAGGAAUCAGACACAUGCAGGGUGACUACACAUCUGCCCGUGCCUUUUAUCAGAAGGCAGCUGUUCUGGACCCCAACAGCGAGUUACUGAAAGAAAAUCUUGCCAAGCUACAGAGGAUAGAAAACAGAUUACAAGUAGCAAAGUCAACUGUUCACCCAAAGGAUAAGCAGAAAGAGUCUCUUAAGUCAGAGAAAGAAGAUGACAUUGGAGCCAAGAAGACUAAAGUCAGGGCAAAAAAAUCAGUUGAGAAAUCACAAAUGGCAGAAGGAAGAUCAUUUGAGAAACUGUGAAAAGCUGGGAAGCCUGGAUGACAUACUUCCAGUAUCCAGUAAUGUGCUGGAAUGGCCUCAUGAACAUAGUGGACCUCUAAAGAAACAUGACAGCAAUGUGGUGUGCAUCUCUAGAAAGUUUGGUGGUGCAGGAAUGGCCAGUGGAAAAAAUGUUGGAGGACCCUGGUGGACCUCUGCAGAAAUGUGUCAGAAACUUGGUGUACAACUGGAGAAUUGAGAGGGAACUUGGUGGAUCUCUGUAGAACAAUGGAGGAGCUGGACCGACCUUUAGAAAUAUGUAUUUGGAGCUGGAAGGAUAAACACUGACGGUUGACCAGCCUGAAAGUCUUGUUGAGUGGACUGCACCAAACAGAGACUUUAGGACUGAGGAAAUGAGGGAUGACCAACCUGAAAGUCUUGUUGAGUGGACUGCACCAAACAGAGACUCUAGGACUGAGGGGGUAUGUAUAGAAGAUCACAAUCCAAAAAAUAUAACCAAAAAUGUUGAUCAAACAUAUUUUAUAGAAUCAAAACUAUGUUUGCUGCCUGUGCAGUGAGCUUCUUAAUGUUUAGUGGUUCCCAUCUCAAUGUCUUGUUCCAUCAAAGAACCAAGAUGAAAGAACCGUGCAGCAUAAAUAAUAUUGUUCCCUUGUGAUUCUAGACACAUCUCAUUCCUAUCUGUGAUAGUGUCUGAGAUUGAGAACCAAAAAUCUUUGCAGUCAGGUAUCAAGCGCAGUUUAGUCACAUGUAGGGUUUGAAUGUCAUCAAGGAUCUGGGCAUAUCUUGCAACCAAAAGCCUGGAUUCAUUUGUUCAUAUCUUUUUGGGCACAUAUCAAACCAAUGAUGGGCAAAAUGCACAAUUUUAAAAUAAAUAUAUAUUAUUAUAUAAUGAUGUAAAUAUUGGGAGAGUUUUAUAAUAAAAGAAACAGGUUAAAGAUAUGCAGUUAUUAAGGAUUUAUCAUGGGUGUUUUUUAGGGAAGAGCUACUAGUUGGGUUAUUUCAGCUCUUACGAAAAAAUGUACAAUUUUAUAGACUGCCACAUAUCAGGUGGCUGGCACAUUAGCUGUAUGGAGUUCUCUUGAGGUUGACAGUGGUUACUUCUCCAGAUGGAAAAAGAUGUUGCUUCUACCUCCUUCCUCCACCCAACACCAGAUCCAUGUGGAGCCUAUGAUAAAACUUUGUCAUGGGCUCCAACUGCCAUUUGCCAAAAAAAGUAAGGUGGCUUCUGGUGGGUAUGUUGCCCAACCAUACCAUUCCUAGGACCAAAUGAUUAUGGCUGUCACAGCUAAAUUGCCUUCACCUAAGAGGCCCACAAGACUUGUUUUGCUCCAGGCCUCACCACAACUAAAGAAGGUCCUGUUACCCAGAAGAUCCACCUGUAAAAAUGACCACCUGCAUGUUUUGUGACAUUUUCUUCCUAUGGGUGGUCUGGAGAAGGGGGAUUCCAAUCUUCCUGCUCUAAGGGUUUACUCAUUGUGUGGGACGAUGGUCCGUCUCAUUGGAAAUAUGCAAACAAUAAGUUCCUGAUUGCAUAAAGGUAGGGUCCCUACACAAACACACACAUGGAGUUAGCUUACAACUGAGCGUGAUGGUCACUUUCCAUGUCAGAUGUUUGCCUGUGUUGGGUAAUGUAUACACAGAGACAUCUGCUCUUGAUAAUGAUGUUUAAACAGGCAUGUGCAAUUGGCAGCCCAGCAAAGCUUUCCCCUGUAACCCUAUAGCUCAACAGCAUAUUGGCCUGUUUGCUUCUCAUGCAUAAAUUCCAUAGCCCUGUGAUUCAUUGUAGGGGAGGGAGGUGGCACUGGGAAUUUGGAAAUGUUUAUAUUUGUUCAUUUAUAUUGGGAGAGAGAUUUUGGCUGAUCCCGCCUGUUACCUUCUGUCCUUUAGCAAAGCGGGUGGAUAAAUAGCCUGGAAGGAAAAGCGCUGGUAAAAUAAACGUUUUCCCUUAUGGAAUGUGCAUUGAUAAUCAUUUGGUAGAUGUUAUUCUGUUGCAAAAAUUAAAGGUAAACUAUGUUUUGG